GAUUAGGUUGGCAAUUAAGUUUAAUGUUCUUUUCAUCAGAACUCGGAAGCUUCCAAUACGAUAUUCGAGCUCUCCAUCUAUUGCGCAAAUAACAGGCAAUUCCAAUCAUCUCGUCACAUAACAUUCAAAAUGUCGUUCCUCGGAUUCGGAAGACCGCAACCCUCUUCGGAGGAGAAGAUUUCAGCCGUCCAGGCUGAGAUGAAGCUUCUGACACAGAUGCACGACCGCCUCACCAAAGCGUGUGCGAAAAAGUGUGUUCCCAAUGAGUACCGCGAAUCCGAACUCAACAAAGGCGAAAGCGUCUGCCUCGACCGAUGUGCCGCCAAGUUCUUCGAUGUCCACAUGAAGGUGUCAGAGUUGUUGCAACAGGAGAUGCAGCAAAAAGGUGCGGGCGGCAUGGGUGGUGGCGGUGGUGGAUUCGGAUUCGGCGGUUAAUAUGGAAAAAAGAGCGCUAUAUGAUGCAUUAUACUAUACAUGGCCAUGGUACGGCCUACGCUCACGACAAGUUAUCGAGACCAGCUGUAUGAUACGAAUGACAGACCCCGGGGUAUUAUUCGGACGUUACACGGAGACUUCUCUGCAGGAUUCAGAAUACUUGGCUUAAUGGGCUUUGUCAGAUAUCCAUGAAUGACAUUUGUACGAUGGAAUAGUUUGGCCAUGUCAAUUUGGCCUGAGAAAUGAAUAUUCCCCUCAUGAACACACUCUAACGUCCGCUAUCCCUUGGAGAGAUAAUGGCUACCGAUUUGGGGGGUCAAAACAUCGUGAAAUUGACAUGUGGAAACAUUGAUUGACGGCUAUAGGGGUUGUGGUCUUCACACACUUCGGCACGUGUCCUGAUAACGCAAGAUUCCUCGAGGUUGUUAUGUAGGUGUCAAUACGACUAUCAGAAUUGACAUAUGCCCAGGUCUACUUUAGGUGGGGGCAUUUUGAGGAGACCUGCGUUUCAGAAGGUUACUCUUGUCCGAGGCUGGACAUGUGUGUUGUCGUUCGACGUAAUCGUCGGACAGGCGGCGGAUUUCACGGCCUCGGUCCGGGUUGACUUGUUAGCUUGUGU